CUUGCAAUCGGAAGUUACUGUUGAAGCCAAAGCAGCCAUAACUGAUAAGGGCACGGAGUUUCCUGGCCUCCCGUCUCCAGUGUGACGUAGUUUUCCCUUCGCCCAAAUCUCACCGUUGCCCUGGGCAACAGUCGAGCCGUCUGGGAAGAUAAAUCUUUCCUUCUGUAGGCUUGAGUCAAGAACUGUAAGUCAUCUUGGUCAUCCUGGGUUGGAUGCCUAACGUUGCCAGAAAAAAGACCAGGAGAACUUUCAGGAAAAAACUUAGCUGUAUCCAACAAUUCAGAUAUGGCGGAAGUGAAGUCAAUGUUCCGGGAAGUUCUUCCAAAACAAGGGCAGUUGUCAGUGGAAGAUAUAACCACAAUGGUGCUGUGUAAACCUAAACUUUUGCCCUUAAAAUCUCUGACUCUGGAAAAACUGGAGAAAAUGCAGCAAGCAGCCCAGGAUACGAUUCGCCAACAAGAAGUGGCAGAGAAGGAACAACAGCAAAUAACUCACUGAAUGCACCCAACAUAACUUGUAAGGAUUUUGGUGGCAGUGAAACACGUUUUACUGGAAAUGAAGUUGGUUUUCUAAAGCCUGUAUCUUGCUGAAAUGUAGUCCUUUCCAUUCAGCCAGCAGAUGGGAAAGAGGAAAAGGAACCCCAGAAAUGGCUAUUCAUACAAGGUGGCAGUUGCACCGUCUCUUUUCCUCAAAUGGUUGGGAGCAGACUGAGUUUACCUUGGAUACCCUGCCUUGGGAUUUGGGCUUCCUUGAUUUCAAUAGAGCACUCUCAGUAUGUGAAUUUCCAGAUUUUCCUUUUUCUUCUUCAAAUACCACCUUGUGGAUUCUGUGUAACUCUCUGUUUUAUUUUGUUUUGUUGUUUUACUUAAAAGCAUAUUAUUUAAUUGGA